CCAAUCAAUAUGUUAGCUACAUUUACGCGAAAUUUAUACAAAGUUUUCAUUAGACAGUCGCUGUCGCAUCAUGAAAGGGAAGGACCUCCAUCCAAAAAUUGCAUUCUUUUUACUCUAACUGUGGGAUUAAUAGCAGGAAUUUGUUUAGCUGGAUUGUUUGAGACACUUGAAACUAAACAUUCGUGUGUUAGCCAGAGAUUGGUUAAUUCUCAUGAUAAAAGUGAAAUCAGUUUUGAGGCUAAAGACAAUAAUUCGACUAUUGCUGAUAAAUUAAAGAGAGAAGUUCGGAUUCUCUGUUGGGUAUUGACCAAUCCAAAGAACCACAAAGAGAAAGCGCUUCAUGUGAAACGAACUUGGGGUAAAAGAUGUAACAUUCUAUUAUUUAUGAGCUCAGAGGAGGAUGAAGAACUUCCAACGGUGAAGCUAAAUGUGGCCGAAGGACGAGCGAAUCUGUGGUUAAAGGUUAAAGAGGCCUUCAAGUAUGUUUAUAAACAUCAUUAUAAUGACGCCGAUUGGUUCUUCAAGGCCGAUGACGAUACCUAUGCUGUGGUCGAGAAUCUUCGAUAUAUGCUGUACCCAUAUAACCCUCAAACGCCUAUUUAUUUUGGAUUUAAAUUGAAUCAGUUUAUUAAGCAGGGUUAUAUGUCUGGUGGAGCUGGUUAUGUCCUCAGUCGUGAAGCGCUACGUCGGUUAAUUGAGGAAGGCAUAUCCGAUUUCGAAAUGUGCUUACCUGGGAUAAUUGAGGAUGUUGAAAUUGGACGUUGCAUGGAGAAUUUGAAAGUCAUAGCUGGUGAUUCGCGCGAUAUUACAGGUCGUAGUCGUAUGCUUAUGUUUAUGCCGGAACAUCAUCUGAUUAAAAUGGAUUAUGAUUGGUAUUGGUCCCUUAAAUAUUACAAAAAUGACGAUGGUCUUGACUGUUGUUCAGACUUGGCAAUUUCGUGGCAUUAUUUAGAUCCCUACCUCAUGUAUAUAAUGGACUAUUUAAUCUAUGAUUUAAAAAUCUAUGGAUUGCUGCAAAUGCCUCAAGCUCUGCCUGCUAAAUUAAAAGUCGGUGAAAUUUUGCCCGAACCCAUCGAUCAACCAGCGGAUACUAAUGAGGAUUCCGUUGACGAUGAGGAUAGGUUUGAUAAUGCAACUAUGUAUAAGAAUGAUAGUUAUUUUAGCCCCAUAGAAGUAAUGAAAUAUAAGAGGAUACAAAAGGAUCUGACACUUGGAGCCUAAUACAUUCUUAAAGUAAUUUAGAAAAUUUUAACAAUCCUUUGAUUAUACCGGCUUAAAAUUUUAAA